CCAGCCAAGGUCGAGCCAGUGCUCACUCGCAAAUUUUGAUACGUGAUUUUUUCAAGUCAACCUGAAAUACCUCUUAGUCUCAAUUUAACUGGCCCUGAGCAAUGAAGCUCUUGAUACCGCUGGUAGCUCUAGUGAUUGGUUUAGAAGCCCGUGGGACCCCAUCUAGAGGGAGGGUGAGAUACGGGGGCCGACAGCUACCCUUUCAAAAUCAACCUGAGACGACGGAGAAUACGUGGGAGCGUGCGGACGUGCAGAAAUUGGACCCGAGGACAGAGUCAUGGCAGACAGAUUUGGAGACUGACAGUGUGUCAUUGACAAGUCCAGUGGAAACAGUUCCGCCGGAGUCAUUGAAUUCAAAUGUGGCGCGACAGUAUCCGGGAUUCCCGGGUGGUGAAGGUGGUGAAUUUCCACAGCCGAUUCCCCCGCAAUUUCCCCCGAAUCCAAAUCAGCCAGGACAGCCCGGAAUUCCAGGACAGGGAUGGCAACAACCGGGACAGGGUGGACAAACAGGAAUUCCUGGACAGCCGGGGCAAAGCUGGCAGCAACCAGGACAACCAGGACAGAGUGGACAGCAGCCAGGACAGCCAGGAAUUCCUGGGCAACCGGGACAGCCGGGAAUUCCAGGGCAACCAGGACAGCCAGGAAUCCCUGGACAGCCGGGACAGCCAGGAAUUCCUGGACAACCGGGACAGCCAGGACAGGGAUGGCAACAGCCAGGACAACCGGGACAAUCCGGACAACAGCCAGGAUUUCCAGGACAAAUAGGAUUUCCUGGACAGCCAGGACAACCAGGACAAGGUGGGCAACAGCCAGGAAUUCCUGGACAACCAGGGCAACCUGGAAUUCCCGGACAACCAGGGCAACCUGGAAUUCCCGGACAACCAGGGCAACCUGGAAUUCCCGGACAACCAGGACAGGGAUGGCAACAGCCAGGGCAACCAGGACAAUCAGGACAACAGCCAGGAAUUCCUGGGCAACCAGGACAACCAGGACAGCCAGGACAAGGUGGACAACAACCAGGAAUUCCUGGACAACCAGGACAACCAGGACAACCAGGACAGGGAUCUCAACGGCCUAUACCAGCACCAGGAUGUCCCGCCGCCCGAGGACAAUUUCCCAGUCCAAAAAGUUGCGCUAACUACCUCAACUGCUGGGACGACACCGUAAUUGAGCAACAGUGCCCCGCCAAUCUCCUAUUCAACGAUAAAGUCGGAUACUGCGACUUCGAGCAAAACGUCAACUGCGGAAAUCGACCUGGACCUACACCAAAACCGGCACUGGCACCCGGUUCUCGCAGAUGUCCAGAUCCAAACGGCCGUUACAGAAGUCCAAGCAACUGCUCAGAAUUCUACGUGUGUCUUGCUGGAAGUCCAAUCAAGUUCAACUGUCCUCAAGGACUGGUCUACAAUGACGCUUUCGGAAUUUGUGAUUAUCCUUACAACGUGGAUUGUCAGGGUGCAGCCACUCCUCGACCUCUUCCUCUGCCGACUUUAGAACCCGAGGGGUCAUCUGGUGGGUCAUCCCCUGGAGGAUCAUCUCCUGGAGGUUCUCCUGGAGGCUCCUCUCCUGGAGGUACCCCAGGAGGUACCCCAGGAGGUACCCCAGGAAGUUCUCAACCCGAUCAGCCCCGCCCCCAGCCCCCUCCCAUCACUUUUCCCCCAGGUCCUUACCCCCAGCCCCAAUGGGGAUUCCGAACCCCCACUGAUCCCUGGCAUCAGCGUCCCACUGCCAGCCAAAUCGAGCUCGAGGGCCAGCAGAGUUUUUACAACGAUCCCAGUGCCCUGGAGGGCUCAACCGAGGGCCCAACGGUGAUCAAUCCCUGGGGCACAAUGCACACCAUCCCCGCGGAGUUGAUGAAACUACCCUGUGAAACUGGCAAGGUUCAUCGGCUCGACGAAGCCUGCACCAGUGUCGUCGUCUGCAAGAACAGCCGACCCCAGCUGAUACAGUGCGACGAAGGACUCAGUUAUGACAAACCGUCUGACUCCUGCAGGCAUUUUACCCUAGCUAAAUGCUAAUGUUCGUCUAGAUUCGGAUCAUCGCUCAUCAUCAUGCCCACACUAGCCUAAUGACUCUAGUAUUAAAUACUGAUAAUAAUUUAAACUUCCCCUCGUGAUCGUCAGCCGUUGGUAAACAAGAAAGCCCCAGGAUAUUUCAAUCGAGUUCCACGAGAGAACAGCACCAACAGGAAUCUGCUAUUCCCUCGUCACUCCAGUGGAGAAAGACCGAGGAAAAAAGAUAAUUAAAUAUUUAGAUAAUAAUGCGUCCUGCGACUUGUCCCGACAUUCUCUAUUUUUAUUUGUAUCACUUUCCCUUUCAUCCCAGCUCGAAAUACCCUCGACGUAUCAUUACGCAACACAAAAUUAUUUCUGUACCCAAAUUAUUAUUUUCACACAAAAAUUUACACAUUUUAAUCCAGAGUCCUAAGCCCUUCGCAGGCCAAAUAAAUCGGAAUUUUUCUUAAAAGUAUAAUAAAGAAAUAAUUCUCAAUAACAAUCUAGCCGGACUUUAAUCUCCCCCUCAAUAUUCGACACCCGCAAUAAUUUCCACUCCGCAAUUUUCCCCCGCCACUUUUUUUUUAAUUCGGUUGGAAGAAUUUCUCCCAAUUAAAUCAGGAGUCGUAAUAUUCAAUUAACGAUUCAAUUUAUGAUUUUCAAAGUAUUUUUAUUAAAAGAUGACAAUUUAUAGUAUAACUCCAUCGUCUUCGUGUUUUUAUAUUCUUGUUUGUCUAAUUUGCAAGUGUAAACGGACGAGUUAAUAUGAAUUUUUUAAUAAAAAUAUGACGAAUUCAAUUGACUCAAUUGCAAGUCUCGGAAUAUGGGGCAACUUUCCCAGAUUUCAUGAUGACUCCCUCACGUUUUCACGUUUCAUUUCAUUCAGAUGAUGUCCUAUGAAACCCACAAUUACUUUGUUUUCACUUUGAUUAUAUUGAAACCCACGUGCUAUUAAACUAAUGGAUUUGUUUUGAAUAAAGAGGACAUGUAAAUGUCAAAAGAAUUCAGAAUAAAA